GUCUCUCCGUUUUAUUCUAGUUACCUACCUGUUCCUUCUUUUGUUGUUUAUGCGGGUCUCUGCGAAAUUUCCCAUUUUAGUCUCAGCCGAGCGUCGGUGCUCUCGUGACUGGCGAAACCACUUGUUCCGUCGUGUCCCGGAUCAUUUUGAUAUUGCCAUUUAUCAUUGGUUUGUGGUGUACAGUGCGGUAGAUAAUUUGGUGGAUUUGCAUUAGGUGGGACAGCAUUAUCUCGAUUAUUUAUCUCGUGACUUUUAAAAUCAUCACAGUGAUAAUGAACUAGUUAUGUGUGACAUGUGUGCAGUUACUGUUCGGGCAUAUCAACGAUAAUGUGCAGAUGCUGUCAGGAGUGUUUGGAAGCAUGUUACUGGCAUUUAAUCGAAGAACGGUUUUGCUUCGACGAAAGCAUUGCUUUGUACGAGGAACCGGUAAAAAAAGACGAAAAGAAUAACAACAUGUUUGAUAAUAUGGCAUUUUAUGAUAGUGUUUCUGUGAUAGCCGGUAGAGCAAUAGUUACUAUAGAUCCUAUCCCACCGAAAGAAGAUAAAUUACCAAUAGUACAACAACCAAAAAGACUGACUUGGCAAGUUGAUAAUUCAAAAUCCUAUACAAAAGGCAUGUCGAAAAGUGUCCCCACUGUUUAUGAAGAAAAGUUAACCGAAACCGAGAGCAGUUCAGAUGACGACAAGAAAGUGGAGCCUAAAACAUUGCUAGAUCCUCAAAAUACCAAGGCCCUGAGCACAUCUGAUGUAUAUAAAAAAGUGACGUUGCUAGAUCCAACUGCUCUGGAAAUCAACCCUACCAGAAAGAAAUCUUUACGCGAGAGAAGAAUGUCCAAGAGCUUGUAUUUAAAAAUCGAUCAACCCAAGGAAAUUCCGAUUAUCCGUCAGCAGUCAAUGCCCAAAUUCUACCUGGAUACCCCAGAGGACAAUCAAUCUGACACUGCUUUGUGUAGAGCUCCAAGUACUGUGUUAACAAGUCCGGUUAUAAACAGAGACGGUUUCGAAUACGAUUUGUAUUCAGUUGUACAACUUGAGAAAACCAAAAGUUUCAACAUUUCAACGGUUCCGGUGCCUGUUCACAAAGAACAAUCAAAUAGGUUUAUGCAGAUAAAGGAGAAGAUAAAGUUAAAGAAGAGCAAAAGUACUGCAAAUACCUCAAAUUUACUCAAUCAAAGCAGUCUUAGCAGUAAUAGUGCCAAUACCAGUUCUCAGUAGACAUUUAUUAUUACAAAUAAUUUGUGAUAAUUUUUUAGUCAUACGUUUAAUUAUAAAUAAAUUAUAGAUUUUACCUUUUAAAAAUUGUACUGUAGAGUAAGUGUAAACUUAUGUUCAUGUUGAUUUAUAACAAUAAUUAAUAGAUCUGUAAUCAUAAUUUCAUUUGUGUUACUGUUCAGUAUUAUUUUGCAAUAUAAAUAAACGUGUUUUUAAAAUUUGA